AGACCAUGUAUUGAUUUUAGAUAUAUAAAAUAUAUAUUGAACACUCUUGUCCGGAAUUUUGUUUAUUUCUUUCAAAUCUAAACACCCCUAUAAAACUUUCUGGCUUCGCCACUGUAUCCAUCAAAUUUCCACAUAUGAUUUAAAGGGAAAAAGAAUCUUGGUCCCUGUAUGCAUUUUUCAGAUGGUUGUUUGAUUUAUGCAGGAAAGAGGCUCAAUACUCUGAACCUUCUGGUUCUGCAAAUGAAAGGGGAAAGCCAUUCACAAAUCCAGGUUCUCAAUCCACUUUCUCGUGUGACUAGUUAAGUUGUUUAAUACUCCACUGAUUUAGUUACUGCUGAACCAUUGAAGGAAGAAGUGGUUCUAAAGAGAGUAGAUAUUUUCUUUGUUCUUCAGUCCUUGACGUGGAGUUUUGGACUUUAUGUGAUACUAUAAAACUGAACAGAAGGAUGCUUUGAUCUUCAUUGGUUAUUUGGGAAGCGAAGGGAGCAUAUCAAAUCAUUCACAGAUAAAGGCAAAGUGACUAAGCCAGUUAAAGUGAAAAAUUCCAAUCAAUGGAGAUCGUAAAAAGCAUAGUAUAUGGAGGUUUAAUAGAGUCAAUUACAAGCUUAGUUGUGGUUUUCUCCGCAGCUGCUUCCGACGCUGAUACACUUAAGAUCCUAAUUAUUGGAGUGGCAAAUUUGAUCGGUGGACUUUUUGUCAUUUGUCAGAAUUUGAUGGAUUUGAAAAUUAAAUAUACCAGAGUAGGUUCCAAUUUAAGUGAUCAAAUCGAUCGAUACCAAGAACUACUUGGCCCAAAAGAGCAUUUCCUACUUCAUGCAAUUGUUGCCCUGCUAUCAUAUUUUAUAUUUGGCCUUGUUCCACCAUUAGUAUAUGGCUUCACAUAUCUUAAGAGUGAUAACAAAGAAUGCAAGCUUAUAGCAGUUGCCAUCGCUUCUUCUAUGUGCAUUAUCAUGCUUGCUACUGCAAAGGCUUAUACGCGAGGAGCAAACAAGUUCAGUAAAUACGUCAAAACUGUCCUAUUCUAUGGUAUAGCUGCAAGUAUGGCCUCAGGUGUUGGCUAUGCAGCAGGCCAUUUCAUUAAGAGUCUCAUGGAUAAAUUAGUUGGUUUGACUCAAAGCCAGCUCCCUCUCUUUUUAUCUCCGAGAUAGAUUCAUAAGAUCCAACCUGGUUAACCUAUUGACAUCUUUUGCAGUGCUACCUAGCUAUUGUAAAAUCUUCUUAUGUUCGCACUCAUGUUUUGUAAGCUUUUAUAACCUUUAAAGAUGUGUGUUUUCUUGUAAAUUUCGAUUAAGAAAUGAGGUUUUUCUGCACUAAAUUAAAAGUCUUUAGUCCCUGCAGUGUGAUAUCAGGAUGAUGAAUGUAGCCUGUUUCUGUGAUUCACAGACCUUAGCCUGAUAAUUAAUAUGGAAUCACAAUGAAUAUAUCUUUUCAUUCAAUGUUGUAAACAGAUAAAUUACUUUACAGGUU